AUGGCGAUCCGCGAGCACUAUGUGUUGUAUUCGUAUUGGCGCAGUAGCUGCUCAUGGCGUGUACGUAUCGCCUUGGAAUGGAAGAGCAUUCCAUUCGAAUACCGCACGGUGCACCUUCUGAAGGGCGGCGGCGAGCAGUUCCAGGACGAGUAUACGGCGCUCAACGCGAAUCAGCGUUUGCCGACACUCGUGAUGGACGGCCACGUCUUGUCACAAUCCGGUGCUAUCCUCGAGUUUCUGGAGGAGACGCACCCAGAACAGCCACUGCUGCCAAGUGACCCCUUUGCUCGUGCACAGGUGCGCAACUUGUGCGCUAUCAUUGGCUGCGACGUCCAGCCGAUUCAGAACUUGGCCGUGCAGCUCAAGGCGACUGAGGACCUCCCGGAGGAACUUCGAGCUGCUAAGAAACAGCAGUGGUCACACUUCUGGAUUGAGCGAGGAUUCCAAGCUCUCGAGGCCGAGUUGGUUAAGACUGCUGGCACGUUCUGCUUUGGAGACAAAGUCACACUUGCUGAUCUGUACCUGCAGCCGCAAGUUUACAACGCCAAUCGAGUCGGCGUGGAUAUGGCAAAGUACCCGACCAUUGCUCGUAUCACUGCAGAACUGGAAGCCAUACCAGCGUUCCAGAGAGCUCAUCCGUCCCAGCAACCUGAUGCUGCUGAAUGA